GCAACGGGGUCGGACAUCCGCGGCUCCUGAUCACCCCCAGGACUGAGAGUAUUUGCUUUGGUCCACAAAAGCAUUUUCAAGAAGUUGGUCAAGUAUGGCUUUAGCAGAUAAGAGACUUGAGAACCUGCAAAUCUACAAAUGUCUCCAGUGUGUUCGGAACAAAGACAAGAAGCAGAUAGAGAAGCUGACCAGACUUGGUUACCCUGAACUAAUCAAUUUCACAGAUCCUAUUGAUGGACAGAGUGCUCUGCACUUAGCCUCGGUCUCCAAUGACACUGACAUGGUCAGCUUUCUCCUUAGCCUUGGUGCCCACCCUGAUGUGAAAGACCGAAUGGGCUGUACUCCGGCAAUGAGGGCUGCAGAACUGGGCCAUGAGAUGUCCAUGGAAAUAUUAGCCAAGGCAAAGGCGGAUAUGACUCUAGUUGAUAACGAAGGAAAAGGUAUUUUGUUUUACUGCAUUUUACCUACUAAGAGGCAUUAUCGCUGUGCACUGAUUGCCCUGGAACAUGGCGCAGACGUCAACAAUUGUAGCUAUGAUGGGAAACCGGUGUUCCUUAGAGCUUGCGAAGCAGCACAUGAUAUUAAAGAAAUGUGCCUGACGCUUUUGGAAAAAGGAGCCAAUCCAAAUGCUAUCAACACAGCCACAGGUCGCACGGCUCUAAUGGAAUCGGCAAGAGAAGGAGUGGUAGAACUGGUUCGAGGGAUAUUGGAAAGAGGAGGUGAAGUGAAUGCAUUUGAUAACGAGAGACAUCAGGCUGCACAUUUUGCUGCCAAAGGAGGCUUUUUUGAUAUAUUGAAGCUUCUUUAUGCCUACAAUGGAGAUAUGGGACUGAUUGGAAUGAAUGGGAACACACCACUUCAUUAUGCUGCCAUGGGUGGUUUUGCAGAUUGCUGUAAAUAUAUAGCUCAGCGAGGAUGUGACCUGAAAUGGAAGAAUUUAGAACAUAAAACAGCCAGGACUGUGGCUAAGGAAAGCGGCUUCAAAGCAGCAAGCAAAGAAAUACGGCGGGCAGAGAGAAUGGCUAAUAAACUGGCCAAACCAGGAGUCAAAAAUCCGAAUCCACUCUGGGCCCUUCGGCUUCAUGACUGGUCAGUAGAAUAUGAGGCUAUACUUCGGGAAGCCUUUUCGUUUGUGGACAAGGGCGAUGGGACAGUCAGCAAGGAAGAUUUUGUGUUAGUGCUGGAGGAGAGGCAGGACUUCAUACCCUCGGAUCAGCUGAACUACAUCGCUCAACUUAGUGAAAAAGUCCGGGGAGCAGGGGUCAACAUUAACGAUUUUUUUAAGGGAACCCGAUAUUUAAGCAAGACUUAUGUCUUGGGAUCCUAUGGGCCUAAGAAAAAGAAAAAAGGAAUAGCCAAAAAGGGGAAGAAAGGCAAGUUCGUUUUACCCCUUCCGGUCUGUGUCAUCCCUGACAAUGCAUUUCCACGCCGGAGUGAUGGUGGGCCACCAUAUUACAUGAUUGAAACCUACAAGAAUGUCACGGAUUGCAAUCGGUUUAAUCGGGAUCAUCCGCCAGAACAUCCCAUUCAGGAUGACUCUGCUUGGUACAUUGAUGAUUCAGGGAAGAUAUUUUCAAAUAUUAACUUUCUCACCAAGGCAGGAGACCUAGCUUCUCUUAAAAAGGCAUUUGAAUCAGGCAUACCGGUGGAUAUGAAGGAUAAUUAUUAUAAAACACCGCUAAUGACUGCUUGUGCAAGUGGAAACAUAGAAGUGGUCAAGUUUCUUCUUGAAAAAGGGGCUAAUGUUAAUGCAACAGAUAAUUUUCUGUGGACUCCACUUCACUUUGCAUGCCAUGCAGGCCAACAAGACAUUGUUGAACUUCUCAUUCAGUCUGGAGCCACGAUAGAAGCACUUUCAAUCAACAACUCGACUCCUUUAUUUCGAGCCAUUGAGAGCUGUAGAUUGGAUACUGUCAAAUACCUACUUGAUAUUGGUGCCAAAUUCCAGGUGGAAAAUAGAAAAGGGCAAACUCCCAUGGAUGUUGCAAAGGCAUAUGCUGACUCUAGAAUAAUUGGUUUGAUUAAAGAAAAGCUAGAUAACUUGCCAAAACCAACAGAAAGCCAAAAACUUUUGAAACCCAAGCCAUCUAUUAAAGCGAAAACUGAAGUUUCUGAAAUUAAGAAAGAAGAGGAACCACUUUCAUCAAUUUAUACUGUACCAACCAUAUUGGAGGAAAAGAAAAUGCAUAAGGAUAAUGUGGUUCAUCUCAAUUCAUUGAUUACCAGUGGUUAUACCAAGAAAGUGAAUAUCACAUUUACUCCACGGAGGACCUGGAGUCCUGAAGCCACAACAGCAGAGCUGAUCAGGAAGAGGGAGCUGCAGAGGGAGAGGUUCACUUAUGAGGUGGACUUUGAAGACUUCAUGAUGCCCUUUCAGAAGAACAUUACAGAGAAAGCUCGCGCAUUGGAAGCUGUUUUCAAGAACUAAAUCACAGAGGUUUCGUCUUGGGUUAAACAUUUCAAGGCCCAGGGACCAAACUUUGGAGAAGGUAGAUAUUUCCAUCAAAACAAUCCACAAAUUAAGUAUUUGUAACCAAACAUUUGUUUUUGCUUUAACAACUAUAAAUAUUCUGAGCUGUCUAGAGAAGGUGUGUUUUAUUUUGCAAUGAAUUACAUGUGAUUCUGGACAAAUCCCCCGAUCUUCUUUAAGAUUGUAGUGGAAUAAAUGGCAUUUUAGUUAUAAACAUAACAUUAUUGUCAAAAAAUGUACCAAAUGUCCACCAUUAUGUUUGCUAAAGAUAUAAUUCUGGGAAUUGAUUAAAACAGUAUAAUAUUGGGGAAGGGGAGUUUUUAGCCCAAUAAGGGAAGUGUUUGUUUCUCACGUAUCAUCGUAAGUGAUGUGUAUGAGGUAACUAAACUUUGACACCUGUGGCAGACACUGUCAGCGCUUCACCCAUUUCUCCUCUGCGGUGGGGUUGUAGCAUUCUCAGGCCUGAUUGCAGAUGCUGGAAGGCUGCCUCUAACACUUAAAUGUGUACAGUAGGGGCCAAAGUAUGUGGGCAUGAGAGUCUCCUGGAAGCAGCCCCCAAGUAGUGACUGAACAGAUCCAGUGUAUGUUGCCAUGGUGGGAGCCUUCUAAAGUGCAUGUUCUCACUGAUUCCUAGGGCUCCCAGCGGGACUAAGAUCAAGAUGCCCACAGUGGAGAUUUGUGUGAUAGCACACCCUUCCUUGGUGCCCUUCUCUUCCCUGUCUUCUCACUUUCGUUUCACCCCUCUGGUCUUUAUUGAGAUCACCUCCCAAAUACUUACACCUCAAUUCUUGUUUCAAGGUUCUUUCUGUAAGGACCCAAACUAAGACAACAUCUAUGGUAUUCCGAUUCUGAGGCCCCUAGCAAAUAUCUUAAAGCACGUUCUCUUACCUUUUGCCUGCGACAAAAUAAGCAUUUCCCCAACUUAGAGGAUUUGUCCCCAAGGUCUUAAGCAUUUGAGAAGUAGUGCAAGUUGUAUUCACACACUACUUCAUACUUCAUACUCAUACUUUAGACAAAAUUUCCAGAUGUCAUAAAAAUAUAUAUGAUAGAGAAUGACUAGAUAUUAUAUGUGACUUUUCCUUAAGGCAAGUAUGUGAGGGGCAAGAGAGAAGGGUGAACUUAAGAGACCCACCAUAAAACCUUAAAAAUGUCUUUUGGGCCUGGGGCCUGAUCAUACUUAGAAAUGAGUUAUGUCAGGGUUCCACCAGAGACAUAGAACCAGUAGGUUGGACGGAUAGAUAGAUUAUAGAUAGAUAGAUAGAUAGAUAGAUAGAUAGAUAGAUAGAUAGAUAGAUAGAUAGAUAUAAAGAGAUUUAUUGCAAGGAGUUAACUUACAGAUUAUGGGGGCUGGUAGGACAAGCCAUCAGGAAGGACAGGGUAAACACUGUUGGACAAGAGAUGUCCCUGCAGUUUACAAGUGGGGUUUCUUCUUCCUCAGGGAAACCUCAGUUCUGUUCUUAAGGCCUUUUAACUGAUUCCCUCUACCCCCUGAUUAUUAAGGAUAAUCUCCUUUACAUAAAGUCAAUUAAUUGUAGUUGCAUGUACAUAAUUCCUUCACAGCAACACUACAGCUAAUGUCUGGGUUCUAUGACCCAGCCCAACUGAGCCAUAAAACUGGCCACAGCUAGAGGUGUACUACUGAGUAAAAAGCUAGCUCACCCACACCAAGAGGUACAACGAGUGCUGGGGAGGGCCUCCAAAAAUAUCCACAAAAAGCCCACUGACAGCAAGAGUCCACUUUAGACUCUGCCUUACCAGAGGGCACACCUUUAGGGUACAACUCUGUCAGCCGUAUACAUGAAGCCCCUUUCCUUUAAACCCCUCCCUCAUUUGUCACCCAUGGAGGCCUUUAAGGCAGCUAGUGAGUCCAGGAGAAGGCUGGGUGAGUGAGUAAAGAAGCUAAUCACACCCAUCUUCUGAGGCAGGCUUGAACUGGGGUUGCUUAUAUAUUUUAUAAUAUGGAGCCUGGAAAUUAGCUAUUAGAACUCAAUUUUGUUGUUUUAUGAGGUUUUUUUGGUCUGUUUAUUUUUUCAUUUUAACUUAAUGUCAGAUUUACAGAAAAAUUGCAAGAUUUUUACAAAGAAACCUGCAUAUUCUUUAACCAGAUUACCAAAAUAUUAACCAUCCACUUUCUCUCUUUAAGUCUCUGCAUAUACAUAUGUGUAUGUGUAACUUUUUUUUCAGAACUAUUUGUCAGUUGAAGACCUGUAAACUUUCAGCAUGUUUUUCCAUAAAACAAGAACAUUCUUUCACAUAACUAUAUUACAAUUGUCAAUUAGGAAACCAAUAUUUGAAUUAAUUACAUAUUUUAUCCACAGACCUUAUUCAGAUUUUGCUAUAUGUCCCAAUAAUAUUCUAUGGAGCAGAAGAAAAUCCCAGACCAUGGGCUGCAUUCAGUUGUCACAUCUCUUUGACCUCUUAUGUAGCUUGAAACAGUCUGUCCAUCUUUCUUUGUUUUUAACGACAUUGGAAUAUUAGAAGAAUUCAGGCCAAUUAUUUUGUAAAAUGUCCCUCAAUUUUGAUUGUCUCAUAUUUGCUCAAGAAUAGAUUCAGGAGAUGCAUUUUAGGUAGGAACACCACAGGGUUUCUCAGUUCAUCUUAUAAGAGGCACCUGAUGCUGAUAUGCGAUGUAAACUUUGUAAACCUUAAUCUCUUGGUUGAAGUGGUAUCUACCUGAUUUCUCCACUGUAAAGUUAUUCUUUUUCCCUUUGUACUUACAUGGAUAGAUUCUUUAAAUUACAUACAUUUCCUCUUAGUCCCACAACUCUCACCACCUAAUUUUAGCAUUUAUGGAUAGUUCCUUCCCGAAAUAAGUGUUCUAGUGAUGGUUGCUAUGACAUGAUUUUCUAAUUUGAUCAUUCUGCAUUUCUCGGUUGAAUCUCUACCACUGGGCAGAACUUCCUCUUCUUCCCUAUUUAUGUGUUUAAAUCAGCAUAGACUCAUGCUUGCCAUUUUUAUUAAAUGGGUUAUAAUCCUUUGAUCUCAUUAUUUAUUUUGAUCCUCAAAUUGUCCCAGAUUUGGCCGGGGGGGGGGGGGGGCGGGGAGCCCCUUCAAGCUAGUUCCUGAGAAUAAGAUAUUUUGUUGCCUAAAUUAAUUUGGGGACUCCUGACAUUGAGGGAGAAUGCCUGCCCAUGGUUUCUUUUCUGAACACACCAAAAAAAUGAAUCUGCACAGUAUAUUUUCAGAGGCUAGAACUUUCUGCUGUCACCCUAGUGAGUACUUUCUAAAUGCCAGUUUUCUAGGUAGCAGGGUUCUGUGGUCACCGUCAGCUGUUUGCAAACAUAAACUGAGAGAAAGUGAUAAUGUCAAGUCGUAUUAAUUCUCUUUUCUCUGAGUUUAAUACUAAACCCAACCAGAGCAAAGUCAAAGUUUUUCGG